GGAAUGCGCUGCCUCCUCCAGCGCGAACCCUAGACAGGAGAGGGGAGGAGCUUCGAGCGCGGAGGCGUGCAGGGGGGGAGGGAAAUCUCAUUUAUUGAUGAGAUUUCUCGAGGAGAAGUGCUCAGGAAUCGGAUCGAGUGACAGGAGAGGGGAGAGGAGGUCGCGAGGCGUCGAUCGGUGUGUUUGGUGGUGAUUCUGGGAGGAUGACGGGCAAGAAGCCCGCGGGGAAACCGCCAGCAGGGGUGCUGCGGAGCAACGGAGGAAUGACGGGCAAUGGAGGAGGGGCAGGGGCAGAAGUUGCAGCAGGAGCCACGACAGCCGGAGGCGGUGGCGCAGAGGAGUCGAUCAGCGGUGAGAAUGCCAACAACAACGUCGAGCAGGGCCGAGAAUUGCCGCAGUUUCGCCGAGUAGGAGUUGAGAAUAAUCUGAGCAAAAAAGCGCAGAAGCAGUUGGCUUUGGAAAAGCGGCAUAUGUUCUGGGAGACGCAGCCUGUAGGACAAUUCAAGGAUAAGGACAGGGAUCUGGCCGAGGGCGCCAUCGAGCCCCCACAGGAUGUGGCUGAUGUGCGCGCGGAGCCUUACAAUUUGCCCAGUAACUAUGAAUGGAGUACGUGCGAUAUCACUAAUGAUGUCACCAUGAAGGAAAUUUACACAUUGCUGACCAACAAUUAUGUGGAAGAUGAUGACAACAUGUUCCGCUUUGAUUAUUCCGUAGAGUUCCUUCGAUGGGCUCUUAUGCCCCCGGGCUAUUUUCCCGACUGGCACAUAGGGGUUAGAGCUAAGGGAUCGAAGAAGCUCGUGGCGUUCAUCACUGGCGUGCCUGCCAAGAUUCGUGCCCGGGACACCGUUGUUUUGAUGGCAGAGAUCAAUUUUCUCUGCGUGCACAAGAAGCUCAGGUCCAAGAGGCUUGCUCCGGUCCUGAUCAAGGAAGUGACCAGACGAGUGCAUUUGCAAAAUAUUUGGCAGGCGGCCUACACAGCCGGGGUUGUCCUUCCGACUCCGAUUUGCACUUGCCAGUACUGGCACAGAUCUCUGAAUCCUAAGAAGCUCAUAGAUGUCGGCUUCUCCAGGCUCGCCCCUCGCAUGACGAUGAAUAGAACCAUGAAACUCUACAGGCUUCCAGAGGAGACCACCACUCAGGGUUUUCGAACGAUGGAGAGACGAGACGUUCCUGCCGUCACCCGCCUGCUGCAGAAUUACCUCGCGCAGUUCGUCGUGGCCCCCUGCCUGACGGAAGAAGAUAUUGAGUACCUGUUGUUGCCAAUUGAGAACGUUGUCAACAGCUACGUUGUCGAGAAUCCCUCUUCUCACGAGGUCACCGAUUUUUGCAGCUUCUAUACCUUGCCCUCCACUAUUAUUGGAAACGACAAUUACCAACUGCUGAAGGCGGCUUACUCCUACUACAAUGUGGCCAGAUCUACUCCUCUGUCAAACCUUAUGAAUGACGCGCUGGUCAUGGCCAAGAGGCAAGAUUAUGACGUGUUUAAUGCCCUGGACAUCAUGCACAACGAACCCUUUCUGAAGGAGUUGAAAUUCGGACCCGGAGAUGGUCAUCUGCAUUACUAUCUCUACAAUUAUCGACUCAAAGGGCAAUUAGAACCGAGCGAAUUGGGCCUAGUUCUACUAUAGCACAAGCGUGGAAAUUUAGCUCUUCAGCAAUUGUUUAAACCAGUAAUGAGCAUGAUCAUGGAUGUUGCUUCGCGAGGUCCCAGUUAGCGCUUGCUCUGUCGCUCUUGAGAUCUGCUGGAUCUCUCGACUUGGGCAGUUAACCUACCGUAUCUCAUCUGCACAAGAUAGAUCACCUCUGAGAUCAAUGUUCAUCCCAUGCUUAGGUCCCAUUCUUGUGGCAGAGAGGUUAAUGAGGAAGAAUGCUGGUGUUGAGAAGAGCGCUUUGGGAUUCUUACGUGCUUGGUCAUUUCUACUUACUAGUCGCCCAUGUUAUUGGGCGAAACUUCUCAAUUUCUUUCUCUUUCCUCUUAACUCUCUCUUAUCCCAAUCAACGCACUCUCUGCUCUGGAUCAGGUGAUAGUCAUGGAGAUGUACUCUAAGCCAAAUUUUCGUGCUAGAGCAUGAGCUCAAUUACUUGAUAUCAUGCAGGGUAGCAUUGGCUCCAUUCUUUGGUAGGUAAAAAGUGUAGUGAAGUUGAGGUUGGUGUGAAUUGGCGAUCUACAAGCGUGUAGGGUUAUGUUGUUUUGGCGUAUGUUAUUACGCUGCACUGACGUUUUAAGAUGGAAUCCAUUCUUGUCAGCUCUCCUGACCAGCAUAAUGAAGUCGUUAGCACAGUUGUA